AUCCACUUCCAUGGGAGUGAUAUGAAACAAUUACAUCAGUAUAUACCUAAAGAAAUUUUACCUCCUGAAUACGGUGGCGAUAACAUUAGCUAUUCUGCAGUUGAGUUUUGUAAAAAGGAGAUUGGUCCAUUCAUCAAAAAAUACAGUGAUAUGUUACAAAAAGGUUAUAUUUGAUAUAGUAAUGUAAAUGUUAGCAUAUGAUAUUGAUUUAUGAUGAAUUUAGUGAUAUAUAUAAUAAACAUAUAACAACACAACAAAAAUUCAUGGGAUAUUGGAGAAAAUGUAAACAAAAUUUAAAUGACCCGGCAACUAAACCAAACUCUGUAAUUGAGUACCAAACACCACUGAAGAUAUCAGAAAGCAUAUCUUUAGUAAUAAUAACGAAAGACUUUUACAGAAGACUAUUGAAGAAAAUAACGUACUAAAGACGGGUAAACCUAGCCUUAUAGUAUGAAAAAUAUUUAUAUAUUUGCUCUGAAAAGGAGACGAUGGAAUUACUAGUAAAAUAGUUCACGAAAGAUUUCUGAACAGUUUUAUAAUUAAUUAAUGAAUUAAUAAUUUAUAAUUAAUUUAUAAUCAAAAGAAAUAUGAAUAUUAUUUGAGCAAUUGUUAUUGUUAAAUUGAAAAGUUAUUCACGAAAUCUUUAAGAUUGGUGAACAGUUUUAUAAAUAAUUGUAUAAAAAAUAUAAGAGAAUUGUGACUAUUACAUGUGUGAUUGUUAUUGUGGUUAAGAAAAUUUUAAUAAACUUUUAAAUAAAUUAA